GUUUUAUUACAAAACCUUUCUAUUAUUGAAUCAUGGAUUUAUUCGAUGCUGGUUAUAUAAGGCGCUAGACUUACAGCCUGAUUCUCUAUCUCGAAACGAGCGUUCGUCUCAUCCAAACAGCCGUUUGUUCGUCUAUUUGUACUACCUAACACGAAUUCGCUACCCUGGCGAUAACUAGUCGAUAACAGCUGAUUGUUAUGUGACGAAAACGUAACAAAUGUGAAUUCUCUAACACGAAUACGACUUCAAAUAAAGAAAAAAAGAGUCAAAUUCAAACGAAAGAGUUUUUGCUAUCGUGUGAGCCGCUAAAAUGGAUAAUUCAAGCAAAAAAGUGUUUAAAAAAACUUCCAGUGCUCAGUUCGAUGUGCUGGUAAAAGAGCUGGAGAAAAAUCCAGACUUGGCAAAAGGCGCUCCAAUGUUUGGUGCGAGUAAGAGCCUGGUAGAACUGCAGUGGAAUGAAUUAGCCAAUAAAUUAAACGCACAUGGACCUCCACAAAGAACAGCUACCGAAUGGAAAAGAUUUGGGCUGAUCUUAAAAGCCGCACAAAGAAGAAAAUUGCGGAAAAUGCGUCCAGCAUGCAUGCCACAGGUGGUGGACCAUUCCGGCUUUCGACCGGAUCUUGCUGGUGUCAAAAGCGGCCACACCAAGUGGUACAGUUCUCGGUGUAAGGCAAGUGGUUGUACGCUCAGAACCAGAGCUUGACCAAUCACCUCAACCACCAUCACCUGAGGAGCUGAUCCCAAUAGUUGUCACUACUCCGGUCCGCACAGCUGCACUAAUUGGGGUUGUGACACCUACCAGACAGCAGUCCACUACACCAAAAAGGCAUAUAGCCGCAGCAUCAGCGCCACAAAGCAGCCGGAAGAGAACUUUCCAGGAGCUUAUAGCCGAGUCAGCGAAGGAGCAAGCCUCUGCAGCGAAAAUUCAAGCUGAAGCUGCGCAAAAAAUGGCAGAAGCGGCUAUGAUUCAGGCUGAAUCCACCAGAUCCAUAGCAGAAACGCUUAAAGAGUUGCUCGAGAUCACAAUCAGGCAAGCACAGGCCAUUGAAAGUUUGCAAGACAAAUUUGUUUAGUUCCCUUUUUAUAUAUAUUUUUUUAUUUAAGCCACUUGACGGCGGAUAAUUUUGUUAAAUCAAAGUGUACAGUAAUUCAUAAAAGGAUAGACUCGGAGUUAAAAAAAAACUGUGGCCAUUUGUUCAACGAAAAUUUUUAAUUUGCUAAGUUUGUAUAAAAAUAUGAUUCAUACUACAACAAUAAUUUCAGAAAUCAGAGCUUCAAACUUUUUGCAAAAUUUAGGAACGUUCCGCAAAUUUUCCUCAAAACUGUCCACUAUUCAAUCACAUUUUUCUUGGAAAACUUCGAUUAAAAAGAGCACAAUUUUGAUAGCAAUUUGCAGUUUUCCUAAAGUUAGCAAAAAAUUUGAAGCUCUGAUUUCUGAAGUUAUUGUUGUAGUGUGAGUCAUAUUUUUUAUAAUCAAUUAGCGAAUUAAAAAUUACGGUUGAACAAAUGGGCACCGGUUUUGUUAAACUCUCGAGUCUAUUCUUUUUUGGCAUCUUGAUUAAAAAAAUUUAUCUUUGCUGAACAAAUGGCAAGAACACUCACUGUACCUAAAAUGAAUUGGCUGUUUAUAAUUUUUUAGCAAUAGUAUUGAACUGAAUAGAAUUAAUUAAUUUGACUGAAUUUAA